GUAGAUAGAGCAAGGACUUAGUGAAAUCAGACGAAAAAAUAUAUACUGGUGAUACAUUGAUACAUGUAUUCUAAUGCUGGCAUAGCAGCUAUACAACCUGAACAAAGCCAAUGGCUUUCACAAGAACGACCAGCUCAGGAGGUGGCAAAACGGCUGUCUUCUAUGGCCUGCUACGACAACACCAGUUAUACUAAUUGUAACCCCUCUCAUUGCCAAACAGAACAGGCGGCUGAGAUGGUCAACUUGAACAUCAAGGCCAUAGCUGUACACUCGGACAGUGUGCAGGCUGCCCAGGCAGACGGACGUGACCUCCUGGAUGAGGUACGCCGGUGUGAAUGGUCAGUUUCAUCUGACCCAACAUGAGGCAGGCAUAGUGAUUAGCAUAGAGUUUUCGCUGAGUGCUGAGUUUGCUGACAAUCAACGGAGCUUGAAUAGUGUUCGUGUUUUUGCUGUAUUGACACUGAAGGGGCGCACUCUGCACGCCACCAUUAUUUUGAAGCAGACCUUAUUUACAAGAUAUCGAUCGACUAUCAUCAAUAUAUUGAAUUAGGU